GGGUAUAUAUUGCAGGUGCACUCCUGAGGUUUCAAACUCUCCUUUCUCCUGGGAGAAGACAGAAGGAACAGUUCAGCUGCCUGUUCUGAGACUCUGCACCAAGGGGAGCAAGAGCCCUUCACUGAAAUCCUGCCACCAUGCUGGGGCUGCUGCUGCUGCAGGUGUUGGCCAGCUGCCUCUGGCUGGGACACAGCGAGGUGGUGAACUCCUUUGACAGCUGUCCUCAGUUCUUCUAUGAUGGGAUUCCCCCAAAUGAUGCCCUGAAUCCAAAGAACCCAGCCCGGAUCUGUCAGCGCUUCAGCAACUCGUAUCACUAUGCCACCCUGUACGACAGAGACAGGAGAAUUCCAGUGUACUCUGCUUACAAAUACAGGCCUGGACCUUACAAGAGACCUUCAAGGAAGUGGAUGGUUGAGCCUCAGCUUAUAGGUAAAAAUAAUCUUAAAGAGAUGACAAGUGAGAACAACCUCAUAUAUAAUCACUCCUUCACCUUAGACCAAAUCAAAGAGAGCCAAGCUAUUGAUGAUGACUACAAAGGACAGAAGGAUUUGACCCGUGGCCAUUUGAGCCCCAAUGGCCAUCAGUACAGUGAAGAGAGCAAGAAUGCUACUUUCACCCUUACCAACAUAGUGCCUCAGGACGAGACUCUCAACAAUGUCAACUGGAAUGCUUACGAGUCUAAAACAAUGCCCCAAAAGACCCAGGGCUGUACAACCACCUACGUGAUCACAGGUGCUGUGCCUGGGAACACCUACGUAUCCAAUAACAGGGUUAAUGUACCCAGCCACAUCUGGUCAGCUGCCUGCUGUAUGUUGGACAAAAAGCCCCCAAAGGCUUGGGGGGCCAUUGCUGAGAACAAGAGCAAAAAAGAGGUAAAGCAGCUCAGCCUGGAGGAUCUGGAGAACAGCUUGACUAAGCUCUACGGUAAAAAGGUUAAUCUGUUCAAAAAUGCCUGUUCCCAGAAAUAG